CACAAUCCUCUCCCUCUCUCUCCCUCUCUCUCUCUCUCUCGAAAGAAGCCAAGAAGGGGGGGAGUGGUGAGCAGGUGUGUGUGUGGUGUGUGGUGUGUGGAGUGAGUUGGGUGAGUAAGCUUUGGGAGACAGAGAGAGAGCUGCAGAAAUGGCGGGGACUGGUGUGUUUGCGGAGAUCCUGGACGGGGAAGUGUACAGGUACUACGCCGAUGGGGAGUGGAGGAAGUCGGCCUCCGGCAAGAGCGUCAACAUUGUCAACCCUACCACCCGCAAGACCCAGUACAAAGUCCAAGCUUGUACACAAGAGGAGGUGAACAAGGUGAUGGAAAUAGCCAAGAGCGCACAGAAAGCCUGGGCAAAGACUCCACUCUGGAAGCGGGCCGAGCUACUUCACAAGGCCGCCGCGAUCCUCAAGGAGCACAAGUCUCCCAUCGCCGAGUGCCUCGUGAAGGAAAUCGCUAAACCGGCCAAAGAUUCAGUCACUGAGGUUGUGAGAUCUGGUGAUCUGAUCUCGUAUUGUGCCGAGGAAGGAGUGAGAAUCCUGGGACAGGGGACGUACCUGGUCUCCGACAGUUUUCCUGGAAAUGAGAGGACCAAGUACUGCCUCACUUCUAAGAUUCCGCUCGGCGUAGUGUUAGCCAUUCCACCGUUUAACUACCCAGUUAACCUGGCCGUCUCAAAGAUUGCCCCUGCUCUGAUUGCUGGAAACUCUCUUGUUCUAAAGCCUCCCACCCAGGGUGCUGUAUCUUGCCUUCACAUGGUGCACUGCUUUCACUUAGCUGGUUUUCCCAAAGGCCUCAUCAGUUGCGUCACCGGAAAAGGCUCUGAAAUCGGCGACUUUCUCACUAUGCAUCCCGGGGUGAACUGCAUAAGCUUCACUGGCGGAGACACUGGAAUCGCUAUUUCAAAGAAGGCCGGCAUGAUUCCUCUCCAGAUGGAGUUGGGUGGCAAAGAUGCUUGCAUCGUGCUCGAAGAUGCCGACAUCGACUUGGCAGCUGCCAACAUUGUGAAAGGAGGCUUUUCUUACAGCGGUCAAAGAUGUACAGCAGUGAAAGUCGUCCUGGUGAUGGACUCUGUUGCGGACUCCUUGGUUCAAAAGGUGAAUGCCAAAGUGGCGAAACUCACCGUGGGGCCCCCCGAGGAGAACUGCGAGAUAACGCCGGUCAUCUCGGAAUCGUCCGCCAACUUCAUCGAGGGCCUGGUGAUGGACGCCAAGGAGAAGGGUGCAACCUUCUGCCAGACAUACAAGAGAGAAGGCAACCUCAUAUGGCCGUUGCUGUUGGACAACGUCAGGCCAGACAUGAGGAUCGCGUGGGAGGAGCCGUUCGGGCCGGUCUUGCCUGUCAUCAGGAUCAACUCUGUCGAAGAAGGGAUCAACCAUUGUAAUGCCAGCAAUUUCGGCCUCCAGGGUUGUGUCUUUACACGCGACAUCAACAAGGCGAUGUUGAUCAGCGAUGCAAUGGAGACCGGCUCGGUCCAAAUUAACUCCGCCCCUGCUCGAGGACCAGACCAUUUCCCUUUCCAGGGUUUGAAGGACAGUGGAAUAGGUUCACAAGGAGUAACAAACAGCAUCAAUAUGAUGACUAAGGUCAAGAGCACCGUCAUCAAUCUGCCUGCCCCUUCUUACACGAUGGGCUAAAAAACUUAGUAAUAACGUAUAGAUAACGACUAGUUCUAGAGAGUACGUCGCUAUGAAAAUAGCUCCGAUUCGGUUUCGUUCUUGAAGUUCUUUUGCAUCACCCUCCCCAGAUGUUGGGACGAAAUAAAGUAAAUAUAUGUAUAUGUGUAUUUUGAUGAGUGCCCUGGUUAGUAUGUUGUUGGACAAUGUCCACCUCGAAAUAUGAAUUAAGACUUCCUUUACUGCAAA